UGGGUCGCAUUCGGACGCCUACAAAAUUCUGUCUCGCGCCAAUGGGCUUGGACCUAUACCGGCAUACAAUACCACCACUGUGCCACGACCUGUUGCACCAUCGCAGCAACCAUCAUAACAAGUGGUUGUUUUGACCACUCAUUUUCACUGUCCACUUUGCCUUCAAACUGUGAUUAAUUCAGGAUUUUAUAUAUAAUUCUACUACGAAGAAGCCAUUUCACUUGUGUUUGCAACUUUGUGAAUUUGGUGCCUCCGAAUUCGCCUUCGUCAAUUUUGGAAUUUGUGGAAAGGAAACUGGCCAUAAAUUGAUUUGCUUCACAAGGAUACAACCACAAUCCAAGAUGGCUGCUGCCAAAGUCGCAACCGUCACCAUCCCCUUGCUGAGCACCAAAGAGGCUGCUGUGAAAUUCAAACAAAAUUGGAUCAUCAAGAACCAGCCCGUCAUGGAAAUCCCAAAGAUAGAACCCAAAGAAGACAAUCUGGACGACAGUCUGACAAGUCUGAACUGGUUGCAGAACCUUCGCAUCAUGCGCAUCCAGCACCCCACCCCUCCCAGCAGCCCCACCCCGCUCUCAAUCCAAAACAGCAUCAAGAGCGCCCUGCAGAUCCACAAGGGGGGCAACGGCAUCGUCAAGAUCUCAAACUCUCAUCACAAGCACUCGCAUUCCGAGUUCAAGAUCUCAAAGGUGUCGUCACAUAACCAUCUCCAUCACAAUCACCACCAUCUUCAUCAGAGUCCUGUCCAACUGGACCAAAAGAUAGACUACAAGACGAACUCGAGCAUUAAGCCUCCGUACUCUUACUCGACUCUCAUAUGGAUGGCUAUGAAAGAGUCCAAGAAACACAAGAUCACUCUGUCAUCGAUCUACAAAUGGAUAACGGAAAACUUCAAGUACUACCAAGUUGCUGAUCCUAGUUGGCAGAAUUCCAUCCGUCAUAAUCUCUCACUCAACAAGUGCUUCCAGAAGGUUCCUCGCAAGAAGGACGAGCCAGGCAAGGGAGGCUUCUGGCGCAUCGACCCCGCCCAUGCUGACGAGCUCGAGAACGGUGUCUUCAAGAAGAGACGACACGCCUCAUUCCGGGAGCUCCCCAUCAAGAUCAAGACGGAGCCCGAGAGCGAGGAUGAGGGCCAUUACAUGGACGAUACCAAGCACCACAGCCGCAAGCAGACCAUGCCAAAGAAGAGGUCAGCCUCGGAACACAGUGGCUCUCAUUCGUCGUCUAAGAAGGUCAAGAUGUCUCGAUCCCAGAGCUACAAGCCUGCGUCCCUCCUGGAUGACAGCAUGCCAAGCAGCAUCCUCAAGGAAGACUUCAGUUGGAACUCCAUCUUUGAAUCGGAGAUUGAGAUCGAAGGCACGCGCAUCAAGACGGAGGACAUUCUCAACGGACAAGAGUCAGACACGUCCGACUCGCUGGAAAUGGACACGCCACCUCCAUCAGAGCAUGAGAGUAACAUCAACGAUAGCGUCCUUGAUCUGUCGAUAACGGGAACGAGGAUCCUCCGCCCGAUCUGGUUCGAAGAACAACUCAAGGAGAUUGAUCUGCAUCCGUCUGACGUCCAGCUUGAGGAUAUCUUUGCUGCAUUUGAUCUCCCGCCUUCCCCCGCCAUCGAGAGGAACGCCCAUCCUUGGGCGGAGACCAGGAACAUUAACCUCAAUGAGAGCGGCACCUUCGGGGAUCUCUUUGACUUUGGCCAGCUGGCAGAGGGCUCUAUGCCCUGGCAAGAGAACCCCAUGCCAUCUCCGUGAACCGGAGCUUGGGAUCGAACUCCCGCUAAAAGAAACGUAAAACAGUAAUCAUGAAAGUUAGAUCUAUCGAAGACGCUAUCACGCUGGCUAGUGAAGUCACCCUCUUUAUAGGAUUGAUGUGAGAAAGCUUAUAUAUUAUAGAGUUUAUAACUAAUCGUGUACAGUGAUCAUAGCUUUUCUCAAUUAAUCACAAUGUUGUGUGAGGACCAGGGCUGGCUCUGAGACCACAUGCAUCAACUAUUUUUGUACAAAUUACUACAAGACCGCCUAUCAUCAGUCAAUUCCAUCCAAGCUAUUUUCUUUUUGCUGUGUUGUAGUGUUUCUCUAAAAUGUCGACACUCCACUUGACUCCUAACUUCAGUAUUUUGUCUACCACACAAGUACAAGCAGAGUUUAAAAUAUAUACAAAUGUACAUGUAUAAUACAAAUGCUGCACCGUUAAGUAUCUAUCU